UCCAUUCUUCAAUGGUGGGCUUUCAAUGUCACCGUUAUCAUCGUUAACAAGUGGAUCUUCCAGAAAUUGGAUUUCAAGUUUCCACUAUCAGUCUCAUGUGUCCACUUUAUCUGCUCAGCCAUUGGAGCAUAUGUGGUAAUUCACGUGCUGAAGGUUAAGCCACUCAUAACUGUUGACCCUGAAGAUCGCUGGAGAAGAAUCUUUCCCAUGUCCUUUGUGUUCUGUAUUAACAUAGUGCUAGGGAAUGUGAGCCUACGAUACAUUCCAGUUUCUUUUAUGCAGACAAUAAAAUCGUUUACCCCUGCAACCACAGUUGUUUUGCAAUGGCUGGUAUGGAGGAAGUAUUUUGAAUGGCGUAUUUGGUGUUCUCUUAUACCCAUUGUUGGAGGGAUUCUUCUUACAUCUGUAACAGAGCUUAGUUUUAAUGCCUUUGGAUUUUGUGCUGCCUUGUUUGGCUGCUUGGCUACAUCUACAAAGACUAUCCUAGCAGAAUCUCUGCUGCACGGAUACAAGUUUGACAGCAUAAACACAGUUUAUUACAUGGCACCUUUCGCAACUAUGAUCUUGGCUCUUCCUGCUUUGUUACUUGAAGGCAAUGGCAUUAUUGACUGGCUAAGUACUCAUCCAAGUCCUUGGUCGGCCCUCAUUAUCAUUUUUAGUUCUGGGGUUUUGGCUUUCUGUCUUAACUUUUCCAUUUUCUACGUGAUUCACUCCACCACUGCUGUGACAUUCAAUGUCGCUGGAAACCUUAAGGUUGCGGUUGCUGUUCUUGUUUCAUGGCUGAUAUUCAGGAACCCGAUUUCAUAUAUGAAUGCUGUUGGAUGUGGUAUUACUCUUGUUGGAUGUACAUUCUAUGGCUAUGUGAGGCAGAUGCUAUCGCAACAGUCUUCAUCUGUUCCGGGAACUCCUCGGACGCCAAAGACCCCUCGGAGUAAGAUGGAGCUGCUUCCUCUUGUAAAUGAUAAAUUAGAUGAUAAGGUCUAAUUGGUAAUUGGCUUAGCCAACGAGUACCAGGUUUCUGCCAUUUGGUAGGCAGUAAUAGUAACAGUGAUAGAUACAAAAUUAUAUCAGUGACUUAUGGUUAUUUAUUCUGUUAGAUAAUUACCCACAAUUUCUAAUACAAGUCUUUUUUUUUUUUUGCUUCUCCCUUUGCUUCCCCCGCCCCCUUCCUUUUUAUCUUUAACCCACCAUCUUUGUGUCACUUCUCUAUUUUCUACCAUAAUUAUUUCGCCGUUAUUUAUUUUAUUACCUUGUUGCCAUUGUUAUGGACUGUAUGAUUGUAUGCCACAGGCAAUUAUUCAUUAUUGUUAUUUGUUGGUUUUCCAAACUGCAAACUAGCUGCUUCUCUUCGGAAGCAAAUGAAUUUGGUUUAUUUUGUCGCGGG